AUGGCGACCCGGGAGAUUUCAAAAGAUCCAAAGAGGAAAAAAAAGGAAGUUCUUCAAGAAGUGCCUAUCAAAUAUUUUGCAUCUUCCCUGGAAGGUGUUGUACCAGACAUUCCAGGUCACGAAAACCUCCCCCCUUUGCAGUUAGCCUCGUAUAUUACGGUAACGCCCACUUUCAUGCCUCAGAUUUCCUUCCAACAAAUUUAUCAACAUAUGAUUCUCAGGAAAACAACAGAUGGGAAGGAAGUUAAUAACCACAGGGGUCUUGACAGAGCCAUCAAACAUUUCGAAGCUGGUGAUAUUUCACAAGUUAUGAUAGCACAGAUUGACGACUCUGUGGAUUAUAUAAGGGGAUCCUGCUUGGCCUCCAUGAAAAAAAUCAAGUACCAUGUAUAUAUUUGUGUGGAAAACAAGCAAAAAGUCUGCUUUGCCUACUGUGAAUGUCCAAUUGGUUUGGCCCAGUCAUGCAGCCACAUAGGCGGUCUACUUUUUUACAUUCACCACCUACAACUUAGUGAAAAGCUAAUGUCGGAUAGUGCCACCUCUAAAUCAUGUCAAUGGAAUGUCCCCCGCCCUAUGAAAAUGGAACCAAAGCCCUUGAAAGACUGGAACUUAAGUCGACCCAAGUUGAGCUCGGAAGGCCAGGUUGAGUUCAGGGAAAAGAAACAGAUUGACUUUGAUCCACGUCACCCAGAUCAGAGGGAAUUUCAACUUGCUCACUCAAUUGAACAACUAAAGAUUCUUAAGAAAAUAUUCCCCAAAACUGGUGAGCUUGUAAAUUGGAUAUAG